GAUGGUGGUGAUGGAGGAUGAGGAGGAGGAGGAAGAGGAGGAGAAUGAUGAUGAUGAUCCGGAUAAGAAGACAUACGCCGUCUACCUGAACCAUGUGGCGGAAACCCCCAAACAUUCAAUAGUAUGUCUCAUCUGUUUCCUUGAGAAGGGCAAGAUGAAGCAGAUACGCAAAUCAUCUGUCGAAGACCACUGCAGAAGUCUUCAUAAUACCCCUGGUAUCAAGUGCGAGAAGACUGGCUGCAUGGUCAGAGCCAAGUACAGGGGAGAUAUUGGCAAACAUAAGAAGUAUUGUCACGAUCUAAAAACCGGAUGGUGGAAGAAGCUCCGAAGACAUGAUGGAGCUUAGUGUGAUGCAAUCCAAGAAAACAAAGGUGGAGCCAUGUGUUCUGAAAGACCCCGACCGGACGUCCGACACAACCUGAUCAGAGCCGAAACGUCGGACUUCCGACAAGUACCGUACGUCCGAACCCCCUCGAGAAUAUGAGGAAUUGUUUUUAGUGGUUUACUGCUCAUAAUGUGUAUAUAAACAGGGUUGUGAAGUUCAGUUUGUUCAUGUCGAAAACGUGAGUUUGCUACAUGGACAUAAACCUUUGCUGAUUUGUCAGCAUGUGAGUUUUAACCUCCUGCGUGAAAAGUUUUAGUGCAAUUUUUAGCUGGACAUUGUUCAAGC